AUGCAGAUUCAAGCCUUGUUCUUCUUUGUCCUUUCCGCCACAGUUAUGAGUCGGAGUAUAGCCCCACAGCCCUCGCUCAACACCAGAGCAGUUGGAAUUAAUUCCUCAUCAUCCCACUUCGCCAGAGCCCUUGAUCGCAGAGCCAUCAUAUUGAGACGCGCAGGUAGCUCGGACGAUGACCACUCUAAAGACAACCUCCCCUCGAAAGACGUGUACGAGAAGAAAGUCGAACCCAAAAAGAAAGAAGACCCCACAAAGAAAGAAGACCCCACAAAGAAAGAAGACCCCACAAAGAAAGAAGACCCCACAAAGAAAGAAGACCCCAACAAGAAAACCAACACCACCAAAACCGACAAUUCUCCACUCCCUGAUCCAGUUGUGCCGGAGGGCACGAAUAUCAAAGAACAGCCGGAAAAUAAACUCCUCAAUGCAGACGGUAAAAUCCCAGACACACCAGAAGGGAUCCAAUCAAAGAUAGAUACCGAGAAAGCGAAGUUGGUCAUCUUGAAUCAAAAAGUCAAGGUCAAAGAAGACAGGAUCGCCGAAUUGGAAGAGAGGAAAAAGAAAAAGGAGGCUGGGGGAGACCAAUCCAAGGGCGUCACUACCAAAGACAACGGAGACCAAUCCAAAGGCGACACUACCAAAGUCAACGGAGACCAACCCAAAGACGUCACUACCCAAGACAACGGAGACCAACCCAAAGAAAAAGCAUUGGGCACUGCGAACCAAACCCAAGACACCGGAAACCAAAGCGGAAAACAGCAAGAGACCGGAUCCCAACCACUAUCCACCGAAGACCAAUCCAAAGGGAAACCUGCAGAAAAUCAGACCGCGGUUUCUCCUGACCCUCCGACCACUGACCCGAUACCCGAUGCUGGGCAAGACUCUUGUGGAACUGAGCAUGGCGAUGAUUCUCAGCCUUGA